GAAAAGGUGGGGCUUAUAGCUGAAGUCAAGAAACCUGGUGCAGUGUGGGACAAUGGAGGAACCAGUGGGUGUCUCUGUUCUUCUGGGGGCCAUUCUUAGAGGGUCUGCUGCUGGAUUUGCCUUUGUACAGGCCUCCUCAUUUGCCCUGGAGCCAUGGCUAAGUGAAGAACCUACACUGCUCCCUAUUGCAGUUCAGGCCGCCAGUCGAGCAGGAUCCACUGGAGUUGGGGUCGUAACCGCCUGUCUAGUUUGCACCUCAAUGCUCAUUUCUCUGGGAAGUGGCUUUCUACUUGCUGCCAUGGUGAUGAAGCUACUAAAACAUAUCGGAUCUGAUAUACCAUGGCUGACUGCAAUGGCAACAUCAGUUUCUUUAAUAUUAGGAGCUGCUACUACAGGGGUAUUAUGGGGUCUACUUCCACUGGGGGUGUACAUCAUAGUUCAAUUGAUUUUAGUAGUUGCAGUGUUCUUCUACUCCAAUAUAAAUCAACUGACACAAGCACUGUCCAUAAUCUUUGUCACCCUAUAUGUUAGUGUCUACUAUGGAAGAAUGGGUGUUUUGCUUGGACUUUUUCUAACUGGAGUAACCAUCUCUUUCCUAUGUGCUCUUCGGAAAGCUCUGACCGAACGAAUUGCGCCCAGACCCAAAUGCGUGACUGAAUGCAAACUACUGGAGCGAGUAUUUUUUUAUUCAGUCGUAGUGGGAAUGCUUGGGUUUGGUGUGGGGUUAGGAGCAGGUGAGCUGGAGAAUAACUCAGAAGCAGAAAUGGUAAUUAUGAUCGAGUCUGUCCUUUGGGUGGCUUUCCUGUCGGCUGGCAUAUUAGGAGCAGGCCUGGGGACAGUGGCCAUGGUUGAUGUGGGAACAGAGAUGGCUGGAAACAUUGCAAUUGGGACUUCUGUUUUGUCAGCAAUUGCACUAAGAGUCAUCUGGAACAAUGUGCCAAGUUUAGGGGCAAGAGCCAGCACCGGGGGGAUAUUGGGAAUCACUGUAGUUGCAGCGGUAUCACUUUCGGCUGCAAGUGUCGCAGCCAAAGAAGUGUAUAAUUCAAGAUUCACAUUUUUAACAACUAUUUCUUCAGUUGCUGUUGGAGUGAUUGCAGCUAGUAAAGUCUCAAGUUCUUCUCUAAUGGGGACGUCGGAACUCACUACAGCCAUCUUUGUUUCAAUGGGGUCAUAUGUCCUUGGAGCACCAAAAAGCCCGUUCAACACCAGAAUGCAACUCCGCCGGGGACUUCUCACAGGGCCGGAGCUGGUUAAAGAGAUUGGCAUGGAAACAAUCACCGCAGCAGCAGCACCGAUCGGAGCUGGGGCACUGGGAGUGGCUGUGUUAGGAACAGCUGCUCUGGGGAAGCUCGGGACUGUGGGGGUGUUACUGGCCUUAGCAUUGGCUUUGGGAAGCACUCUGUCAGGUAUGUUAGGGAGAACACUACCUGCGCCUGCAGAAAGGGUAAACACACAAUGACUGUGUCUGUGUGUCUUAUAGUUUUGUGUUGUUGAUUCUGUAUGAGAAAAUUAAAUGUGCCUAUCUGUAUUGGUAGUUAAAACUGUAAUUCUCAGUAGACCUAUGUACUUAAAUUAUAAUAUGUUUGUGCUUUAAAACUACCAUCCAUGAGUUUAUUUUAUUUUAAUUUACCAGAUGUGAAUCCUGUUCCCCACUCACCUGCUCUUUGUUCAGGCUCACCUGUGGUCUCUGGCUUAAGCCAAAGUUGGCACUGCAACUGUAGAUAGCAUCUAGUGGUGGUUUGUGAAAAUACAACAGUCACUAUACCUUAGGGAAAAAAAGUAAUUUAUCUCUGUGAUUGUUAUACUCUGGUCUGUUUGCAUUAAUUGUUACAAGCUCCAUAAGAACAUGUUUCUGCAAGCAUUGCCAUUUAAUAUUCUGUAAAUGUUCAGGAAAAGCACACUGUAUUAAAAGCCUACUGUGCAUAGGUCCAAUAACUUAAAAUUAAUUUAAAUAAGUAAACAUCAGUGUGAUUUUGCAGGGAUUAAGUGUGAAAACAAUAUGUUUUUUUUUUUCUCCAAUUGCUGUACAAAGCUUUGCUCAAUAAAAUUUGUUUUCUUUUGCACAA